AUGGGCUGUGGACCUUCCCAGCAAACAGAGGACCAGAGCCAGAGCCGCAUGCCCUCUCCCAGGAAGGGCUGGGAAGAGGGAUCCAAGGCUGAUGUCAGAGUAACUUCUUCCAAAGAGAAUUACAGUCCCCAAACUGAAGUUGCAUGGCCCAAGGACACCGUAGACAACGCCAAGAGUCUGGACCAACAAGCACAGAUGGGAAGUUUGCCUGGGACUAUUCCAGAAAAUUCUCCAACUCCUAGUAACACAAACAGGAGAAUAAAUUCAGACCCAGUGGCCAAUGGAUUGACCAACAAACCCCAACUCCUGGAGAGUUGGGAGAGACCAAAGUCAUCAGACAUUCUGGAAGAGCUGAUUGUCCAAGGAAUCAUACAGAGCCGGAGCAAAGUAUUUAGAAAUGGAGAGUCAUAUGACGUCAUGGUGGGCACUAUGGAGAAGCCACUGAGAAAGCCACCAGCCAGACUGAAAAAGCUUAAGGUGAAAAAGGAGGUGAAGGAUUUCACAAUCCAAGACAUAGAAGAAAAGAUGCAGGCGGCAGAGGAGCGCCGAAAGACAAAAAAGGAAGAAAUAAGAAAAAGGCUACGGAGUGACCGGCUUCUGCCCACCGCUAACCCUUCGGAUGAAACGGAACUGGGCAGGGUGGAGGUGCCUUUUACAAAAGGCCUUCCAGCUGUGAGUGCCCCUGCUCUGGAGAAGUCUUAUACACCGGAAGGAGAGCCACUAAAGAGGAAGAAGAGCGAAAGUGAUGUGGCCCAGAUGAACCGCAACUACUCCUGCACAGGUUUGGAGCUCGUGGAGUCAGACAUGUAUUAUAACCAAGAGGACAACAUAUUCUAAUACACCAUUUUAAAAAUCAUUUCACAAAAUGGUCCAUAUUCUCCAGUAGGUCUUAGUGUGUCUCACUGUCUUUUAAAAAAAAAUGACUAUGUCUCUACUUGUAAAGACUUCUGCCCUGGGUUUAGGGAUGGUUCUGUGAGCAUCAGGGGAUGGAUUUUAGUUGAGUGAAUUAAA